AUGCCCGCGGCGCCGCUCCUGUGGCUGCUGGCGACGCUGUCGGCCGCAGCCGCCUCGUUGUCCCCCGGAGCCGGCGCCCCCACCCUGGCCUUCGUCUUCGAUGUCACCGGCUCCAUGCGCGACGACCUGAUGCAAGUGAUGGACGGCGCGGCGCGCAUCCUGGAGCGCAGCCUGAGCGGCGGCAGCCAAGCCAUCGCCAACUACGCGCUGGUGCCUUUCCACGACCCAGAUAUCGGCCCAGUGACGCUCACAGCAGACCCAGCGGUGUUUCAGAGAGAGCUGAGGGAUCUCUACGUGCAGGGAGGGGGCGACUGCCCCGAGAUGAGCGUGGGUGCCAUCAAGGCUGCCGUGGACGUGUCCAACCCCCGCUCCUUCAUCUACGUGUUUUCCGACGCCCGGGCCAAGGACUACCACAAGAAGGACGAGCUGCUGCACCUCCUCCAGAGGAAGCAAUCGCAGGUGGUUUUCGUGUUGACCGGAGACUGUGGUGACCGCUCCCAUCCCGGCUACCUGGCGUUCGAGGAGAUCGCCUCCACCAGCUCCGGGCAGGUGUUCCAUCUGGACAAGCAGCAGGUGGCGGAGGUGCUGAAGUGGGUGGAGUCGGAGAUCCGGGCCUCCAAGGUGCACCUGCUGUCCACUGACCACGAGGAGGAGGGCGAGCACACUUGGCGUGUCCCCUUUGACCCCAGCCUGAAGGAGGUCACCAUCUCCCUGAGCGGGCCCGGGCCCCACAUCGAAGUCAGGGACCCGCUGGGGAGGAUCCUGCAGAAGGACGAGGGCCUCAACGUGCUUCUCAACAUUCCCGACUCAGCCCGGGUCGUGGCCUUCAAGCCUGAGCAUCCGGGGCUCUGGUCCAUCAAGGUCUACAGCAGUGGCCGCCACUCCGUGAGGAUCACAGGCAUCAGCGACAUCGACUUCCGAGCUGGCUUCUCCACGCAGCCCUCGCUGGACCUCAGCCACACCAUCGAGUGGCCCCUGCAAGGCGUGCCCAUCUCCCUGCUGAUCAACUCGACGGGCCUGCAGGCGUCCGGCCACUUGGACUCCGUGGAGCUGGCCCACAGCUCAGGACGGACCCUCCUGACGCUGCCCACACAGCUGCUGUCCAAUGAGUCCACCCACCAGCUGUGGGGUGGGCCCUCCUUCCAUGCCCCCCAGGAACGCUUCUACCUCAAGGUGAAGGGCAAAGACCACACAGGGAGCCCCCUGGUCCGAGUCUCCGGAGUUUCCUACAGCGGGGCAGACUCCGGUACCCCCCUGGUGAGCAUGCCCCCCAGGAUCCACGGCUACCUGCGGCAGCCCCUGCUGGUGUCCUGCGCGGUGCACAGCGCCCUCCCCUUCCGGCUGCAGCUGUGGCGGGAUGGCGCCAGGCUGGGCGAGGAGCGGCGGCUGCCGGCCUCGGGAAACAGCAGCUGGGAGAUCCCGAGGGCCUCCAAGGCGGAGGAGGGCCUGUACCAGUGCACGGCCGUCAGCCAGGCGGGGACCGGCCGCGCACAGACCCAGGUGGUCAUCACAGACCCCCCACCGCAGCUGCGCCCUGGUGCCAACGUGACCGUGUCCCCCGGGGAGACGGCCCUCCUGGCCUGCCACGUCCUGAGUGACGACCCCUACAACCUCACGUGGGUCCGCGACUGGCAAGUCCUGCCGGUCUCCGAGGGCCGGGUCUCCCGGCUGGCGGACCAGUCCCUGGAGGUCAGGGGCGUCGUCCCCAGUGAUGGUGGCCAGUACCAGUGUGUGGCCAGCAACGCCAACGGGGCCUCGAGGGCAUCCACCUGGCUCCUGGUGCGAGAGGCCCCAAAGGUCAGCAUCAACACCAGAUCCCAGAGCUUCUCUCAGGGUGUGGAGGUGAAGGUCAGCUGCUCAGCCUCGGGGCUCCCUGCCCCCCACAUCUCCUGGAGCCGGGAGGGCCUCGCCCUGCGGGAAGGCAGCAGAAUCCGCGUGGACGCCCAGGGGACUCUGCUCAUUCGGGACUUAGCCCCAGAGGAUGCUGGGAAUUACAGCUGCCGGGCCACGAAUGAAGUUGGCACAGACGAGGAGACGGUUACCCUCUACUACACAGACCCCCCGUCCGCCUCUGCGGUGCGCGCCGUGGUGCUGGCUGCUGUGGGCGAAGAGGCUGUGCUGGCGUGCGUGGUGUCUGGGGUCCCCCCGCCCCGGGUCAUCUGGUAUCGAGGGGCUCUGGAGAUGAUUCUGGCGCCUGAGGGCUCCAGCCCGGGAACCCUGCGGAUCCCAGCGGCCCAGGAGCGGGACGUGGGCAUCUACACCUGCCGAGCCGUCAACGAGCUGGGCAACGCCUCUGCUCAGAUCCAGCUGGAGGUUGGAUACCCGCCCCGGCUGCUGGAGCUGCCGCAGGAGGUGACAGCAGAGCUGGGCAGGAGCGCCCUCCUGGCGUGCCGGGCCGCCGGCCGCCCGCCCCCCACCGUCACCUGGCGUCGCGCGGAUGGCCGGGCCCUGGGGACGGGACAGCGCCGCUCCGGGAUGCUGUUCUUUGAAAGCGCAGCCCCCGAGCACGAGGCCUCGUACACCUGCGAAGCGCGCAACAUCUUCGGGAAGGCCCAGGCGGAGACGCGGCUCGUGCUCACCGGACAUGUGCCGCCGCAGAUCGCCAGCAGUGCUCCCGUGGUCCGGGUCCUGGAGGGACAGCCUGUGACGCUGCCUUGUGUCAUCCUGGCGGGGAGGCCCCUCCCCGAGAGGCGCUGGCUCAGGGCUGGCCGGCCUCUUCCGCCCGGUGGCCGGCACUCCGUGCGGGCAGACGGCAGCCUGCGCCUGGACGGCGCCCUGCAGGACGACGCGGGCACCUACAGCUGCGUGGCCACCAAUGUGGCCGGCGCCCAGCACCGGGACGUGAAGCUGGCCGUGCAGGUGCCACCUCGGAUUCACCCGGCCGCCACCCACCACGUCACCAACGAAGGGGUCCCGGUCUCUCUGCCCUGCGUGGCCCUGGGGGUCCCCCCGCCCGCCGUCACCUGGACCAAGGACACCCGCACCCUGAGCACCGGCGGCCGCUACAACGUGAGCAGGGAUGGCAGCCUGGUCAUCAUCCAGCCAUCACCUGGGGACACAGGGACCUACGUGUGCACAGCCACCAACACCGUGGGUUUCUCCAGCCAGGAGAUGAGGCUCUCAGUGAACACCAAGCCCACCAUCAAGGCGAACGGCCCGCACGGCGCAGACACACCCCUGAGCGUGACAGCCCGGGCGGGAGAAGGGGUGACUCUGGACUGUGAGGCCCAGGGCUCCCCGGCCCCACUGGUCACCUGGACCAAAGACCAGCGGCCUCUGCCGCCCGGCACCGACAGGCACCGCCUCCUGCCCUCCGGCUCCCUGCGCCUGGCCCCGGCGCAGGCCGAGGACGGCGGCCACUACGAGUGCACGGCCAGCAACCCUGCGGGCGCCGCCGCCCUGCACUACGUCCUCGGGGUGCAAGUGCCCCCCCAGGUGCAGCCAGGCCCUCGGGUGCUGACGGUGCUGGUUGGAGAAGCCCUGGAUUUGAACUGUGCAGCUGAGGGCCACCCAGAGCCCCAGCUCCACUGGUCCAAGGAUGGGGUGGCCCUGGGGGGCUCAGGGACCCCGGGCUCCGUCCACUUCAUGGCCGUGGGCCUCUCUGACGCCGGGAGCUACGUGUGUGAGGCCUCCAGCAGCGCGGGGACGGACACGUGGGAGCUGGCACUGCGGGUGCUAGAACCUCCGCACUGGGGUGCCGAGGAGACCAGUGUGCUGCUGGAGCGGGUGUCCGGGGAGAAUGCCACCCUGCCAUGCCCUGCCCAAGGGACCCCCGAGCCGCAGGUGGUGUGGCGGAGGGGCCCGCGGGCUGAGCCCCUGAGUGGCCGCGCGGGCGCGGAGGUGCUGGCCAGCGGCACCCUGUUCCUGCCCGCGGUGUCCCUGGCCGACGGCGGCGACUACGAGUGCCAGGCCACCAACGAGGCGGGCUCUGCGGCCAGGACAACCCGGCUGGCGGUGUACGUGCCCCCCAGCAUCCGGGAGGACGGGCGCAAGGCCAAUGUGUCCGGCGUGGUGGGGCAGUCUCUGGCCCUGGAGUGCGACGCCAGCGGCUUCCCGGCCCCCGAGAUCCUGUGGCUCAAGGACGGGCAGCCGAUCCCCGAGGCGGGCGGCCUCCUGGACACGGCCCGUACCCUCCACCUCCCCCGGGUCCAGGAGCACCACGCCGGCCGCUACUCCUGCCGGGCACAGAACCGGGCCGGCAGUGCCCAGAGGGACUUCCUUCUCCUCGUGCUCAUUCCUCCUUCGGUGCUGGGAGCUGAGACUGGCCAGGAGGUGCUGAGCCUGGCUGAGACUGACGUGGAGUUGGAGUGUCGGGCCUCGGGGGUACCCACGCCCCAGGUGGAGUGGACCAAGGAUGGGCAGCCCAUCCUUCCUGGAGACCCUCACAUCCAGCUCCAAGAGGCCGGCCAGCUUCUCAGGAUCACCAGCAGUCACCUGGGCGACGAGGGGCAGUACCAGUGUGUGGCCUUCAGCCCAGCGGGCCAGCAGACCAAGGACUUCCGGCUCAGAAUCCACUUGCCCCCCACCAUCUGGGGCUGGAACGAGACGGCCGAGGUGGCGGUCAUGGAGGGCCACGCGGCGCGGCUCCCGUGCGAGGCCCGAGGCGCGCCUGCGCCCGACAUCGCCUGGCUCAAGGACGGGGUCCCGCUGCCCGCCGGCGCCGGGGCCGUCUACGCCCGGGGCGGGCGGCAGCUGCAGCUGGGCAGGGCCCAGGCCUCCGACGCCGGCCUCUACACCUGCCUGGCCAGCAACCCCGCGGGCGUCACCGAGAAGGCCACGCGGCUGGAGGUGUAUGUGCCACCCACCAUCGAGGGCGCUGCCGGAGGGCCGUACGCGGUGCAGGCUGUGGCUGGGAGGCCCGUGGCACUGGAGUGUGUGGCCAGAGGCCGUCCACCCCCCGCCCUCUCCUGGCAGCACGAGGGGCUGCCGGUGACACCGAGCAACAGCACGUGGCUGGAGGCCGACGGCACGCUGCGGCUGGACCUCCCGGGGGAGGCGUCCCGGGGCCUCUACAGCUGCGUGGCCAGCAGCGUGGCCGGCGAGGCCGUGCUGCAGUACAGCCUGGACGUGCAGGUGCCCCCGCAGCUCCUGGUGGCUGAAGGUGUGGGUCAGGUGACCGCCAUCGCCGGACAGUCCCUGAAUCUGCCCUGCCGGGUCUCAGGAUCCCCGAUGCCCAGCGUCCAGUGGCUGCAGAAUGGCCGCCGGGCGGAGGAGCUGGCCGGGGUGCAGGUGAGCCCGCAGGGGACCGCACUGCACAUCGGCCGCGUAGAGCCGAGCCACGCAGGCCUCUUCGCCUGCCAGGCCACCAACGACGCGGGCACAGCGGGGGCCGAGGUGGAGGUGACCGUGCAUGAGCUGCCGUCGGUGUACAUCGUCGGAGGGGAGAACCUCACAGCCGCUUUCCUGCAGCCUGUGACCCUCCAGUGUGUCGGGGCUGGUGUGCCUCCCCCCAGCCUCCGCUGGUGGAAGGACGGGGUGGCCCUGGCUACCUCGGGGGGCCACCUCCAGAUUGAGAAAGCAGACCUGAGGGACGAAGGCAUCUACACCUGUGCUGCGUCCAGCCCGGCCGGGGAGAGCAAGACGGAUGUGGCACUGAAGGUCCUGGUGCCCCCCAACAUCGAGCCAGGGCCUGUCAACAAGGCCGUGCUGGAGAAUACCUCGGUUACCUUGGAGUGUCUGGCCUCAGGUGUACCCCCUCCUGAUGUCUCGUGGUUCAAAGGCCGCCAGCCUGCUGCCGCCCGGGCUGGGCUGGUGGUGUCAGCCGAUGGGAGAGCGCUGCACAUUGAGCGUGCCCAGCUCGCCGACGCCGGCAGCUACCGCUGUGUGGCAGCCAACGUGGCGGGCAGCACCGAGCUGCAGUACGGCCUGCGGGUCAAUGUGCCCCCCCGAAUCACGCGGCCUCCCAGCCUGCCAGGCCCCGUCCGGCUUGGUGCCCCCGUCCAGCUGACCUGUAACGCCACCGGUGCCCCCAGCCCCACGCUGGUGUGGCUGAAGGAUGGAAAGCCUGUGUCUGCCUCAGGGACCCCUGGGCUCCAGGUCUUCCCUGGGGGCCGGGUCCUCGCGUUGGCCAGUGCUCGGGCGUCCGACUCGGGCAGCUACUCCUGCGUGGCUGUGAGCGCCGUGGGCGAGGACCGUAGGGACGUCGUCCUGCUGGUGCACAUGCCCCCCAGCAUCCUCGGAGAAGAGGUCAACGUGUCUGUCGUGGUCAACCAGUCGGUGGCCCUGGAGUGCCAGAGCCACGCCGAGCCCCCUCCCGAGCUGAGCUGGCGGAAGGACGGGAGGCCCCUGGAGCCUCGGCCCGGCCUCCGGCUGUCGGAGGACAAAACCCUGCUGGAGGUGGGCAGGGCGGAGCCCGGGGACGCUGGCCUCUACACCUGCGAGGCCCUGAACCAGGCCGGCCGCUCCGAGAAACACUUCCACCUCAGCGUCUGGGCACCCCCAGUGUUCCCGGAGCGGGAGACACGCACCCUGACUGUGAGCGAGGGCCACCCCGCCAGGCUGACCUGUGACUGCCAGGGGGUCCCCUUCCCCAACAUCUCCUGGAGGAAGGACGGUCACCUCCUGCCCAGGGAGGGGCCCGGCCUGGAGUCCGUGCUGGCCGUGGGCCGGAUGCUGUACCUGGACCGGGCACGGCCAGCCCACGAGGGGACGUACACCUGCGAAUGCAGGAACGCGGCGGGGACCGGAAGGGAGGACCAGAAGCUGGAGGUGCACGUCCCUCCCCAGAUCGCUGACACCGAGGAGCCCUAUACGCAGGUCUCUGUGGCCCGAGACAAGGAAGCUAUCCUGGAAUGCAAUGCCACAGGAAGGCCCCUGCCCACAGUGGCAUGGGAGAAGGAUGGCCACCCUGUAAAGGCCAAGCCUGGCCUGUGGCUGCGGAACCAGGGCCAGAGCCUGCAUGUAGAACAUGCACAAGAGGCGCACGCUGGGCACUACCUUUGUGUGACUGAGAAUGUGGCCGGCAGGGCUGAGAGGAGGUUCAAGCUCUCUGUGCUAGUUCCCCCAGAGCUCACUGGAGACUCCGACCCGCUGGCCAAUGUCACUCCCGCCUUACACAGCCCCCUGACUCUGCUCUGUGAAGCCACAGGGAUCCCGCCCCCCGAGGUCCGCUGGUUCCGAGACGGGGUGCCCAUCAGCCCGGGGAAGGGCACCUAUCUCCUGGCAGGUGGCUGGAUGCUGCGUCUGGCAGAGGUGCAGGAGGCGGACGGAGGCCUCUACUCCUGCCUGGCCCGCAGUGACGCCGGGGAAGCGCGGAGGAACUUCAGCGUGGAGGUCCUGGUGCCUCCCAGUCUUGAGAAGGAGGACGUGCAGGAGGAGGUGACGGCGAUGGAGGGACAGACGGCUCAGCUCACAUGCAAUGCCACAGGCCGCCCACUGCCCAAGAUCACAUGGUUCAAAGAUGGCCGGCCCCUGGCUGGUGGAGAUGCCCAUCUCUUCUCCCCGGAUGGAGCCCUCCUACAGGUCCUCCAGGCCAACCUGUCCAGUGCCGGCCAUUACUCCUGCAUCGCUGCCAACGCCGUGGGGGAGAAGACCAGGCAUGUCCAGCUCCGUGUCCUAGUGCCCCCCAGCAUCCGGGGAGUGACUGAGGACAGUCCCGAGGAAGAGGUGACAGUCACCGUCAACAGCCCCCUCUCCCUGAUCUGCGAGGCGCUGGCCUUCCCCUCCCCCAGCAUCACCUGGAUGAAGGACGGGGCCCCUUUUGAGGCCUCGAGCAACAUCCACCUGCUGCCAGGCACCCACGGGCUGCAAAUCCUGAACAUCCAGAAGGAGGACGCCGGCCAGUACACCUGUGUGGUCACUAACGAGCUCGGAGAGGCCGUGAAGAAUUACCAUGUGGAAGUCCUCAUUCCGCCCUCCAUCUCCAAAGACGACCCCUUGGGGGAGGCGGGCGUGAAGGAGGUGAAGACCAAGGUGAACAGCAGCCUGGCGCUGGAGUGCGAGUGCUCGGGCAUGCCCCUGCCCGCCAUCAGCUGGUACAAGGACGGCCGGCCCGUGACCCCCGACCAGAGGCUCCAGGUCCUGGGGGAGGGGCGGCUGCUCCAGAUCCAGCCCACACGUGUCUCGGACUCAGGACGCUACCUGUGCGUGGCCACCAACGUGGCUGGCGAGGAUGACCAGGACUUCAACGUGCUCAUCCAGGUGCCCCCCAUGUUCCAGAAGGUGAGCGAGGCCGGUGCAGACCUUGAGGCCCUGUCCCAGGAGGAAGAGGAGGCCCGGGGUGAGGUGACUGAAUUCCGGGAGGUCAUUGAGAACCACCCGGCCUAUCUGCACUGCGACACCAAUGCCGUCCCGCCACCCCAGCUCGCCUGGCACCGGGAGGGACGGCCUCUCGCGGCCGCUGACAGCGUCUCUGUGCUGCAAGGAGGCCGGGUCCUGCAGAUACCCCUGGCGCGGGCGGAGGAUGCCGGGAGGUACUCAUGCAAGGCCUCCAACGAGGUGGGCGAGGACUGGAUGCACUUCGAGCUGCUGGUGCUGACGCCGCCCGUCAUCCUGGGUGACACGGAGGAGCUGGUGGAGGAGGUGACCGUCAACGCCAGCAGCACCGUCCGUCUGCAGUGCCCGGCCCUGGGCAACCCGGCUCCCACCAUCUCCUGGCUCCAGAACGGGCUGCCGGUCUCCCUGAGCCCGCAGCUCCAGGUCCUGGAGGAGGGGCGGGUCUUACAGGUCUCCACGGCAGACGUGGCGGACGCCGGCGGCUACAUGUGCGUGGCCGAGAACCAGGCCGGCUCCGCAGAGAAGCUCUUCACCCUCCGCGUCCAAGUGCCACCGCGGAUCACCGGCCAGAACCCCGAGCAGGUCAGCGCCCUGGUCAACAGCAGCAUCUCCCUGGCCUGCCAGGUCCACGCCCACCCCGCCCCCGAGGUCACGUGGUACAGGGACGGCCAGCCCGUCCCCCUGGGCGAAGAGGUUUUCCUCCUGCCUGGCACACACACGCUGCGGUUGGCACGGGCGCAGCCGGCGGACGCCGGCCGGUACCUGUGCGACGCCCUCAAUGCCGCGGGCCGGGACCAGAAAGCGGUGCAGCUCAGCGUGCUGGUGCCGCCCGGCUUCGCACGGGCUCCUGGCAGCGCUCCCGAGGCUGUGCUGGUGCGGGCGGGGGACAAGGCCACCCUGAGCUGUGCCACUGACGCCCACCCGGAGCCCACGGUGACCUGGUACAAGGACCAGGGGCCUCUGGCCCCCACGCAGCGGCUGCAGACUGUGCAGCGCGGACAGACGCUGCAGAUCCUGGCGUCGCAGGUUUCAGAUAAAGGCGUGUACAGUUGUAAAGUGAGCAACGCCGCCGGGGAGGCCGCGAGGACCUUCGUCCUCACCGUGGAGGUGCCCCCCACAUUUGAGAACCCCAAGACAGAGACGGUGAGCCAGGUGGCAGGGAACCCCCUGGUCCUCACCUGUGAUGUGUCCGGGGUCCCACCGCCCGCGGUCACUUGGCUGAAGGACCGAACGCCGGUGGAGAGCAGCGUGGAGCAUGGCGUGGUCUCCAGGGGGGGUCGCCUCCAGCUGAGCCGCCUGCAGCCAGCCCAGGCCGGCACCUACACGUGCGUCGCCCAGAAUGCCCAGGCUGAGGCCCGCAAGGACUUCGUGGUGGCCGUGCUGGUGGCCCCCCGGAUCCGGAGCUCAGACACAGCACGGGAACGCACGGUGCUGGAAGAGCAGGAGGUGCGGCUGGACUGCGAGGCCGAUGGGCAGCCGCCGCCCCACGUGGCCUGGCUGAAGGAUGGCGGCCCGCUGAGCCAGGGGGCCGGGCCUCACCUCCGGUUCUACCUGGAUGGCAGCUCCCUGGUGCUGAAGGGCCUGAGGGUGGCGGACUCAGGUGCCUACACCUGCGUGGCCCGCAACGCAGCCGGAGAGGACUCCAGGCUGCACACAGUUAAUGUUCUAGUUCCCCCCACCAUCGAGCAGGGAGCUGGGGAUGCGGGGCCGCUGCUGAGCAGGGCCGGGGAGCCGGUGACCAUGGCGUGCCCCACGCGCGGCUCGGGGCCCAUCCACGUGAGCUGGCUGAAGGACGGGCUGCCGCUGCCGCUCUCAGAGCACACGCGUGUCCACGGGGCGGGCCGCACGCUCAGGAUUUCCCAGGCGCAGCCGGCCGACGCCGGAGUCUUCACGUGCGUGGCCUCCAGCCCGGCAGGCGUGGCCAACAGGAGCUUCUCCCUGCAGGUGCUCGUGCCUCCUGUCCUGGAGCCGGUGGAGUUCCGGGAGGAUGUGGUGGUGGCCCGUGGCUCCUCGGUGACCCUCCCAUGCAAGGCCUGGGGGAGCCCCCUGCCCCUCGUGUCUUGGAUGAAGGAUGGGGAGCCCUUGCUGACGCAGAGCCUGGAGCAGGGCCCCGGCUUGCAGCUGGACACGGUGGGCGCCGGCGACGCGGGGAGCUACCUGUGUGUGGCCGCGAGCCAGGCCGGGGAGGCCCAGAGGCGAUUCCAGCUGGCCGUGAUGGAUCCCCCCCACAUCGAGAACUCAGACAAGCUUACGGAGAUGUCACUGAUGCCCGGCGCCCCCCUGGAGUUGCUGUGUGAUGCCCAGGGUGUCCCCCCGCCCCACAUCACCUGGCAAAAGGAUGGGCAGACCCUGGCCAGGCCAGAGAACAGCAGCCGAGCCGGGCAGAGGCUCUGGGUGGAGAGUGUACAGGUGGGUGAUGCCGGCCUGUACACCUGCCUGGCCGAAAACCCUGCAGGGGAAGUUGAGAAGAGCUUCCGGGUCAAGGUUCAAGCGCCUCCGAACGUGGUUGGGCCCCGGGGCCCCCGUGCUGUGGUGGGCCUGGCCCCGGGGCAGCUGGUCCUGGAGUGCUCCGUGGAGGCAGAGCCAGUGCCCGAGAUUGAGUGGCACCGGGACGGCGUCCUGCUGCAGGAAGAUGUCCACACGCAGUUCCCGGAGCGGGGCAGGUUCCUCCAGCUGCAGGCCCUGAGCACGGCCGACGGGGGCCGCUACAGCUGCACGGCCCACAACGCUGUGGGCAGCACGAGCGUGGACUUCCACGUGGAGAUCCACACCGCGCCCGCCAUCCAGCCGGGACCGCCCGCCGUGAACGCCUCCGUGAACCACACGGCCCUGCUGCCCUGCCGGGCUGACGGCGUGCCCGCCCCCCUCCUGAGCUGGAGGAAAGAUGGGGCCCCCCUGGAUCCUGAGAACCCCAGGCUGGAGGUCCUCCCCGAGGGUUCCCUGAGGAUUCGGCCAGUGCUCACCCAGGACGCUGGCCACUACCUGUGCCUGGCAUCCAACUCGGCCGGCUCAGACCGGCAAGGCCGUGACCUCCGCGUCUUCGAGCCUCCAGCCAUCGCGCCUGGCCCCUCCAACCUGACCCUGACCGCCCACAGCCUGGCCUCGCUGCCCUGUGAGGCCAGCGGCUCCCCCAAACCCCUGGUGGUCUGGUGGAAGGACGGGCAGAAGCUGGACUUCCGCCAGCACCACGACGCCUACCGGCUCCUGCCCUCCAGCGCCCUGCUGCUCACAGCACCCAGCCCCCACGACUCCGCCCGGUUUGAGUGCGUGGCCAGCAACGAGGUGGGCGAGGCCCGCAGGGUCUACCAGCUGACUGUCCACGCGCCUCCCACCAUUGCCGACGACCAGACCGAGGUCACGGUGACCAGGAUGGCCCCCGUGGUGCUCACGUGCCACAGCACAGGCGUGCCCUCCCCGGCUGUGUCCUGGAGCAAGGGGGGCACCCCACUGGGGGCCAGGGGCGGCGGCUACCGCGUCCUACCCUCGGGAGCGCUGCAGAUCGAGCAUGCCCUCCCCAUCCACACUGGCCGCUACACCUGCACCGCACACAACUCUGCCGGCGUGGCGCACAAGCACGUGGCCCUCACCGUGCAAGCCUCUCCCGUGGUGAAGCCGCUGCCCAGCGUGGUGGAGGCGCUGGAGGCGCGGGAGGCGCUGCUGCCCUGCGAGGCCGUGGGGGCGCCCCCGCCCACCAUCUCCUGGCAGAAAGAGGGGCUGAGCAUCCAGGCAGGCGCGGGCACCCAGGUCCUGCCCAGCGGACACCUGCGGAUCGUCCACGCCAGCCCGGAAGAUGCUGGGAACUACUUAUGCGUCGCCCAGAACAGCGUGGGCAGCGCAGUGGGGAAGACACGGCUGCGGGUGCUAGUCCCCCCCGUGAUCGACAGCGGCCUCCCGGACCUGUCCACCGCCGAGGGCUCCCACGCGCUCCUGCCCUGCACGGCCAGGGGCAACCCCGAUCCCGACAUCACCUGGGAGAAAGAUGGCCAGCCCGUGGCGGGCACUGAGGGCAGGUUCUCCAUCCAGCCCUCCGGGGAGCUGCUGGUGAAGAACUCGGAGGGCCAGGACGCAGGCACCUACACCUGCACGGCCGAGAACGCCGUGGGCCGUGCCCGCCGCCGCGUGCACCUCACCAUCCUGGCCCUGCCUGUCUUCACCACGCUGCCCGGAGACCGCAGCCUGCGCCUUGGGGACCAGCUGUGGCUUCGUUGUGCGGCUCGGGGCAGCCCAACGCCCCGCAUCAGCUGGACCCGCAACGACCGGCCGGUCACAGAGGGCGUGUCUGAGCAGGACGGGGGCAGCACCCUGAAGCGGGCGGCCGUCAGCAGGGAGGACAGCGGGGCCUACACGUGCUGGGCUGAGAACAGAGUGGGCCGUGUGCAGACAGUCAGCUUCGUCCACGUGAAGGAAGCUCCUGUCCUGCAAGGCGAGGCCUUCUCCUACCUGGUGGAGCCUGUAGGGGGCAGCAUCCGGCUGGACUGCGAGGUCCGAGGAGACCCGGCACCCGACAUCCAGUGGACCAAAGAUGGCCUUCCACUGCCCAGCAGCCGGCUCCGUUUCGGGCUCCAGAAUGGCUCACUGACCAUCCGCAGAGCAGAGCUGGAGGACGCAGGACAGUACCAGUGCCUGGCCGAGAACGAGGUGGGCAGUGUGAAGAAGGUGCUGACCCUUGUGCUCCAGAGUGCCCCAGUAUUCCAAAUGGAGCCCCAGGACGUGGCUGUGAGAUCCGGGGAGGACGUGGUGCUGCAGUGCCAGGCCACCGGCGAGCCGGCGCCCACCAUCGAGUGGCUGAGGGCAGGUCGACCCCUGCAGGCCGGCCCGCGGCUCCAGAUGCUGUCGGAUGGGAGCCUGUGGCUGGAGCGCACCCAGGCUGGGGACGCGGGCACAUACGAAUGUGUCGCUCACAACCUCCUGGGCUCUGCCACGGCCCAGGUGCUCCUGGUUGUGAGAGGGGAACCCCGGGGGAGCCGGGGCAGCAUGACUGGGGUGAUCAACGGUCAGGAAUUCGGCGUGGCCGCUCUCAACACCAGCGUCCAACAGGAGGGGAGCUCUGGAGCCACCACCAUCCACAGCAGCGUCAGCCACCUCCCAGCAAACGUGGGACCUCUGCUGCGGACUCUGGUGGUCGCCAUCUCCCCCGUCUACUGGGCGCUGGCUGGCGAGAGAGGAGUGGCCCUCAAUGGCCACUCCCUGACAGGUGGCCACUUCUGGCAGGAGUCGCAUGUGGAGUUUGCUACAGGGGAGCAGGUGGUGCUGACCCAGGCGGCUCGGGGCCUGGAUCCCCACGGGUUCCUGCUUCUGGAUGUGGCGGUCCGUGGCACUGUUCCUGAGAGCCUGGCGGAGGCGGAGCUUGUCCUGCAGGACUUUGAGGAGCGCUAUGUGCAGACGGGCCCUGGCCAGCUGUUUGUGGGCGCCACACAGCGCUUCCUCCACGACGGCCAGCGUGCGGCCCUGCGCUGCAACCACAGCAUCCGCUACGCCAAGGCCCGCGGGCCCCAGCCAAGGCUGGUGCAGCACCUGCGCGCCUCCCGCCUCAGCUCGGCCUUCGACCCCGAGGCCCAGGCCCUGCGCUUCCAGCUAACCGCAGCCCUGCAAGCCGAGGAGAAUGACGCUGGCUGCCCAGAGGGCUUCGAGCUGGACCCCCGGGGCGCGUUUUGUGCGGACUCGGACGAGUGUUCGGGGGUCCCCAGCCCCUGCUCCCACAGCUGCCACAACGCACCUGGCCGCUUCUCCUGCUCCUGCCCGGAAGGCUUCGCCCUGGCCUGGGACGGCAGGAGCUGCAGAGAUGUGGACGAGUGUGCGUGGGAGGCCCACCUCUGCCUGGAGGACCAGCGCUGCGUGAACCUGCUCGGCUCCUACCACUGCCUCCCCGACUGUGGGUCUGGCUUCCGGGUGGCGGCUGACGGGGCCAGCUGUGAAGAUGUGGAUGAAUGCUUGGAACAGUUGGACGAGUGUCACUCCAGCCAGCUCUGUAAGAACACUGCAGGCAGCCACCAUUGCAGCUGCCCCCGGGGGUACCGUCUCCAGGGCCCAGGCCUGCCCUGCCUAGAUAUCAACGAGUGUUUGCAGCUGCCCAGGCCCUGCGCCCACCAGUGCUACAACCUCCAGGGCGGGUACCGCUGUCUGUGCCCGCCGGGCCAGGCUCUCCUGUGGGACGGCAAGGCCUGCAUCCCGCUGGAGCAGAGCGAGCAGAACGUGACCACCGUCAGCCAUCGGGGGCCCUGGGUGCCCUGGCUGCGGCCUCGAGCCCCAGCCCCAGGCGGCGCCUACCAUGCCCGGCUCUCCCUCCGGCCAGGUCAAGGAGCCCUGAGCAGCCCAGGCCGGGCCUGGUGCCCCCCUGGCUUCAUCAGGCAGAACGGCAUCUGCACAGACCUCGAUGAGUGCCGAGUGCGGAGCCUGUGCCAGCACGCCUGCCACAACACCGAGGGCAGCUACCGGUGCCUCUGUCCCUCCGGCUACCGCCUCCUCCCCAGCGGGAAGACCUGCCAGGACAUCAACGAGUGUGAGGAGGAGCGCGUGGAGUGCGGGCCCGGCCAGAUGUGCUUCAACACCCGGGGCAGCUUCCAGUGUGUGGACACGCCGUGCCCCGCCACCUACCGGCAGGGCCCCAGCCCCGGGACCUGCUUCCGCCGCUGCUCGCAGGACUGCAGCGCCCAGGGCGCGUCCACGCUGCAGUACCGGCUGCUGCCGCUGCCGCUGGGCGUGCGCGCGCGGCACGACGUGGCCCGCCUGGCCGCCUUCUCCGAGGCCGGGGUCCCCGCCAACCGCACGGAGCUCCGCGUGCUGCAGCCCGACCCGCGCAGCCCCUUCGCCCUGCGCCCGCUGCGCCCGGGCCAGGGCGCCGUCUACACCCGGCGCGCGCUCACCCGGCCCGGCCUCCACCGGCUCACGGUGCGCGCCGCCGCGCCGCGCCGGCAGAGCCUCUUCGUGCUGCUCAUCGCCGUCUCCCCCUACCCGUACUGA